AUGAUUGUUGCUGAACAGCAAUCAAAAAUUCAAUUACUGGAGAAGAAACUGGAAUCGGUUUCCGAACAGAACCGGAAGACAGAGUUUAAUUUCAACACAGAUCCGGAAGUACUCAGAGAAAAGAUGAACCCGUCACAGACAAAUGUUCCGGAGACUUUUAACAAGACUAAUGCAAUCUCAAAUAGACAUUUUGGAGGAAGAAGAAAUGCUAGAUUACUUUCCUCAUCUCCGUCAACGCAAAACAUCGGAUUCACGGCAUCACGACAAGAUGGUUCUACCGUUCACGAAAACGGAAUUAUCGUAUUCGAAACAACAAUAACGAAUGCGGGAUCGGCAUACAACCCAACGACAGGGAUCUUCCAGGCGCCUGUCAGUGGUUUGUACGUUUUUUUCUAUGACAUCGAGUGCUCGAAAACUAAUGGAAACACAUACGUAGAACUUGUCAGAGACGGAGCUCGAACAGGGGUCCAGGCGUAUUGUCACGGACUCGGGGAUUUCGAUAACAGCGCCACCUUGGGAGUUUUGCAUCUGGGUGCUGGAGACACGGUCUGGCUUAGAUUGUACGAUGUGGACAAUAGAACAUUUGGAGGAAAAACGCUCUUUUCUGGAUUUUUACUUUGA